AUGCUUCCGCGUGGCAUCAUCUCCAACUUCCGAUCACCAGCCGUCCCUUUCCCGGCGACAUUCAAAUACUCCAUCUCCAACAAGGACCUCGAGUACCGAGGCUUCGCCCUUCGCCGCACUAUCUCCGAUCUCAACCUCGACCACCUCAACUCCGUCUUCGUAGCCGUCGGAUUCCCAAGGCGUGACCCGGAGAAGAUCAAACUGGCACUGGAACACACCCAGUCCCUGCUCUGGUUCGAGCACAGGAGGAGCCACAAACCGGUGGCCUUCGCCAGAGCGACGGGGGACGGCGUGUUCAACGCCAUAAUAUGGGACGUGGUGGUGGACCCGUCGUUCCAGGGGCUCGGGCUCGGGCUCGACAAAGCCGUGAUGGAACGGCUGAUCGAGCAGCUGCUGGACAAAGGUAUUUGUAAUAUUGCUCUGUACUCGGAGCCUAGGGUCUUGGGCUUCUACAGGCCCCUAGGGUUCGUCUCCGAUCCCGAUGGAAAGAAGAAGAAAUACUCUCUAUAA